GGGAUUAGUGUCGUGGCAGCCACGGGAAGAUAGUGGAUCCAAAAAUGCGACAAAACGGUUUACUACUGCCACUGUUGGCCAUUUUCUCCAGUGUGGCUACCGAGCAUCCGCAACCAUUCCAGUGCGUAUCGCAGAUGGAAAUCAAUAGUACCGAGGCAGCAUUAAAAAGUGCUCUCUUUUGUGGAACGAGCUACAACCCACGCUACCGACCGGUAAAAUAUCAACAGGAUCGGCUAGCCAUGUACAUUGGUGCCGAAGUAAUAAACGUGGAACGGGUGAAGCAAGAUGAUUCUAAAGUGGAAAUUACUCUGGAGCUGUUAAUGCAAUGGUACGAUGCAUUCCUACACUGGAACAAACGCACGAGCAAUAACAUCGAGACCAUCAACGUUUCCGAGCACGAUCUCUGGACGCCGACGUUUGGUGCAAAAUCGUUUCAUAAAUCUCCGCGAGUUCAGAGCACUAAGCAAUGUACGCGCGUUAAGUGCCAUCUCAGCUACGACGGUGAAGUGAUCUAUACCGUAUUGUGUACCUUCACAGUGGACUGUUACUCUGAAGCACGGUACUGGGCGUUUGAGACAAAGAUAUGCACACUACGCAUAUUUUCCGUCGAGUACGACACGAACCAGCUGUCGUUGUUCCACUUCCAAAGGCGUCUGUCCUACCCGAGUUACCCGUUGCUGCCUUACAAGAUUACCUCCUUCCAGAUGGCGACCGUCAACAGUACCAUGAGUCCCGAGUUUCGCAUGGAUAUCGUAAUCGAGCGUUUGAUCGGGUCGCAUUUGAUCGUGUUUCUUGCGCUGAUCGUGAUUUUCAGUUUACUGAAUCUUAUCUGUCUCUGGCUGCGGAUGGACUCAAACGCUCGAUCGGUGACGAUCGCUGUGGGAACCGUGAUGGAAAGUCUUUAUCUAAUCAUCCUAUAUUGGUACGGUGCUGUGAAGAUGAAACCCGUGUUGACGUUAGCACAUCUGCUACUUGGAACAUCUCUACUAGGAGCAGUCGCAUUCGGAUGGACUUAUUAUGCAAGGGGACAAUUACGUAAGAGAAUUGCUACUUCCUGUCCACCCGCUGUAGCACACUUCGUUGUUCUGCUGCGAAAAAGUCGGCCACUGGGGGCAUUCCUAUCGAUCGAUUAUCUGAAUCAAAGCGCCAAGCAAGACAAAUUGACGAAAGACUGGGAAGAUGCACCAGUGGAUACGGUAGAAACACAACAACACGACGGCGAUGUGCGGACUGAUGAUCUUCACUCGUCUGCCGAUGGCGAAGGCGGUGCAUUGGAAUGGCAGGAAGUAGUUCAACCGCUCGAUCGCGUCCUGUUUUGUGCCAUGCUUACGGCCUAUCUGUUAAUGUUCGGGGUCUAUGCACUUUAGAAUGGGUGCAAGAUGUCAAAAUUAGGCUAGUUAUUAGGCUAUAUUAUAGGCUAGUCUAACGAUCGUGGAACAAACCGCUGCAAUAGACACUAAA